AUGGAGGAUCUGCRUCKUGGAGCAAGGAGACYAGAUACAGCCUGGCACAAAGCAAAGAUGGCGCAGAAAGGGUGGCACCUAUUCACGGCAUUGCUUCUGCUCCAUGGAGUGAAAGGGAGCCUUAUAAAGCUCCGCAAUGGUGGAUAUGAAGAUGUCGUGAUUGGCAUUCACCCUAGCAUCCCGGAAAGCGGCAGAAUCAUUAGUAGCAUAAAGGAAAUGUUUGAAGAGGCUUCUUCUUAUCUCUAUGGUGCUUCACAACGGAGGUUUUAUUUCAGGACUAUAAAAAUUGUAAUACCUUCAACAUGGGCAUCCAAACCUGAAUAUAAAAGGACAACCAGAGAAUCCUAUGAGCAUGCUGAUAUCAUAGUGGCAGAACCUUUCCAGAAAUAUGGAGAUGAGCCUUACACUUUGCAGUAUGGAGGAUGUGGCCAAAAGGGACGCUACAUUCAUUUCACCCCUGACUUCCUGACAGAUAACUAUUUUCUCAGCGUCUAUGGGUCACGAGGCAAAAUCUUAGUUCAUGAAUGGGCUCAUCUCAGAUGGGGUGUUUUUGAUGAAUACAAUUAUGAUGCACCCUUCUAUUCUAUUGGACGAAGAAAGAUUGAAGCAACAAGAUGCUCAGCUAGUAUCACUGGCCUAUAUAGAUUCGUAACUAGGGGAGACAGGACCAGAAGAUGCAGAAUUGAACACCAGACUGAGCUUUAUGAACCUGGAUGCCUGUUUAUUCCUCAUAAAAAGCAAAUUUCGCCGGCAUCAAUAAUGUUCAUGCAAAGUCUGUCUUCAGUAUCUCAGUUUUGUGACAAAAGCAAUCAUAACCUUAUGGCGCCAAACAUGCAGAACAAAAUGUGCAGCUACAAAAGCACAUGGGAAGUGAUUACGAGCUCCGCUGAUUUUGCCAGUUCACGUCCAUUAGGUGCUCCUCCUCCUGACCCUGUAAUUCAUUUGAUGAAAAUGCAGGAGAGAGCACUUUGUCUAGUACUUGAUGCUUCUGCGGCUAUGGGACGGAACAAUCGCCUUGAUCGGAUGAACCAAGCUGCAAAACUAUUUCUUCUCCAGAUCAUUGAAAAAGGAUCCUGGGUUGGAAUUAUAACAUUCAAUACCAAAGCAAAUAUCAAUGCCAGGUUGCAACAGGUUGUCAAUGACAAUGUGCGCGAAAGUCUUACAAGCUCUCUUCCUAACACAGCCACUGGAGAUAGUAACAUAUGUGAGGGAGUGACUUCAGGAUUUCAGAUAUUUACGGGAAAAUAUCCAAAUUCAGAAGGUUGUGAAAUUGUGCUUUUGACAAAUGGUGAAGGUACAGACAUAAGCCCUUGUCUUUCUCAGAUUCAAAACAGUGGGACUAUAAUUCAUACCAUUGCUUUUGGUUCAGCGGCUUCAAAUGAUCUAGAAAUGCUGGCAGACAUGACAGGAGGUAUGACAUUUUAUGCCACAGAUAGUUUGAGCUCCAAUGGCCUCAUAGAUGCUUUCAGUAAGAUUUCAUCUGGAAGUGGAGAUAUCACUCAACAAUCUAUUCAGCUUGAAAGUAAGGCAGAAGACAUCACUUCCAUGAGAUUGCUAGAUGGUAUUUUUACUAUUGAUAAAACUGUGGGAAGUGACACUUUCUUUCUGAUUACAUGGAGUUCAAGCACAAGUCCACCCGAAAUUUCCCUGAAAGAUCCCGGAGGAAGAAAGUAUGAAAAUAAUGACUUUAUAAUUGAAAAUUCCAACAUCCGAACAGCUAGGCUGAAGAUUCCUGGAACUGCAAAGACAGGAGAAUGGGCAUAUUCAAUUAAAAAUAAUGACACAGCACCUCAAGCCAUUUCAAUAACGGUCACCACCCGAGCUGCAUCUGCCACUGUUCCUCCAGUGACUGUGAAGUCCUACAUGAGUAACACUAACAACACUUUUCCUAAUCCAACGAUCAUUUAUGCAGAAGUCACCCAAGGAUUUUUGCCAGUUUUAGGAGCCAUUGUUAUGGCCACAGUUGAAUCCACAACUGGUUACCUUGUAGAGUUAGAGCUAUUGGAUGAUGGUGCAGGUGCUGAUAUUAUAAAGAAUGAUGGGAUCUAUUCAAGGUAUUUCAUAGCUUACAGUGACAAUGGCAGAUACAGCAUCAAAGUGAGUGUUCAAGGGCAAGGCAAGACUUCUAGAAGGAACCGUAGGCAAAGUCAAGCUAUGCAUGUAUCGGGUUAUGUAGAUGCUACUGGUGCAGUGAGUCUGAAUCCACCAAGACCUGUAAUGAAUGAUACGACACCCACUCCCGGCCUAGGAAAUUUUGACAGAGUAGUAUCAGGAGCUGACAGAUAUGAAAUAAAAGUCAGUUCAAACCCACUGGACUUAGUAGAGAUUAACUUUCCUAGUGCCACUUCUUUGGACACUUCUGCUCUGAUACCUGAAUUUUCUGGAGUCAAACAGACCUUUCGGUAUAAGCCAGAUGAUCUCACAAAAGAAAAUGGCACCUUACUCUACUUUGCCAUUCGUGCCAUUGAUGAAAACAACAAUAUUGGGGAAGUAUCCAAUAUUGCAAGGGCCACUCUGCUCCUUCGUGCAGCGCCUCCUACUCCUACUUCCUCACGUGCCUCUGUGAUCAUAGUAUGUGUUGCUGUAUUGUGUGUUAUUGCUGGCAUAACAUUAUAUGUUUUACAUAAGUGGAAAAAAAGUCGUCGUGAGAGUGUUGAUAGCAUGGAUUAAACUGCGUCCAGUCAAA